GUGAAAAUAAUCGACUCAUAAACUUGGUACGGGUUUUGAAGAUGAUAUAAAUCUAGGUGCAGUGUAUCACAUGGUAUCGUGCUUCUCUCUUCCCACCGCCACAACUGUUGCUUAGUGUAAUCCUUGAAUUUAAGAUUUCUUCUAUUAACAUUGGGAUAUUGUGAAGUGGAUAACUCCGGGAUCUCGAAUACUUCCUCGUUCCAAAGUCUUAGUUUAAUUUGUAAGAUACUUUGGUGCCUUCGUAAAGUGAUCUUGUUCUUGUAAGUAGGGUGUAACUGGUUGGAGGCAUAAAGAGACACUUGAAAAUAUCAUGGAUUGUGUAAAUUUAGGGGAUGUAGAAGCACCUCUGAUUCCUGGGAAUACAACUCAAAAUUAUACCAAAGAUGUCCAUAUACUGAGCUGUGCUUUCUUGUUAAUAUUUUUGGCUUACGGUGCUGCUCAGAAUCUGCAGAGUACUGUCAAUACUGAGCAAAAUUUGGGUACUACCUCACUGGGAAUUUCAUAUGUAUCCUUCACUUUUUUCUCUCUAUUUUCUUCAACAACAGUUCGGUUGUUGGGUUCGAAGAAUGCUUUGAUUUUAGGCACAACUGGAUAUUGGUUAUAUGUAGCUGCGAAUCUGACACCAUCUUGGUAUUCGAUGGGACCUGCUGCUAUAUAUCUUGGUUUUUGUGCUUCAAUUAUUUGGGUUGGACAGGGAACAUAUCUUACUUCCGCUGCGAGAAGCCAUGCCAAUGAUUCCCAGUUACAUGAAGGAACGGUCAUUGGGAACUUCAAUGGAGAAUUCUUUGGAAUGUUUGCAAGUCGACAGUUCUUUGGAAAUUUUCUAACACUAGCUUUGUUGAGAGAUGGAAUGGAAGGAAAAACUAGUGGAACGACAUUUUUGUUUGUGGUCUUCCUUGGAAGCAUGACCUUCGGAAUCAUACUAAUGUUCUUCUUGCAUGAACGAGAUGAUGAUGGGCGAAAUCUCAAAGCACAAAAAUCUUCUCUCAGUAUAAAAGUUACUGCUCCUUUAUUGGACCUGCGAAUGCUGCUAAUUAUCCCACUUAUCGCAUAUUCAGGCUUACAGCAAGCAUUUGUGUGGGCGGAGUUCACCAAGGAAGUAGUUAAGCCAGCACUUGGGGUGUCAGGUGUGGGUGGUGCAAUGGCAGUGUAUGGGGCUUUUGAUGCAAUUUGUUCAUUGAUAACUGGGCGACUCACCUCAGGUCUCUCUUCAAUUGCUGUCAUUACUCCUUGCGGAGCUUUUGUUCAGCUUAUUGUACUUCUAUGGAUUUUGCUGAGUUACAGUGCAACUAGCGGUGUUCUUGGUUAUGUCUACCCUCUUUUGAUGGCAGCUAUGUUAGGUAUUGGAGACGCAGUAUUCAAUACACAACUAAAUGCGUUGCUUGGAAUCCUUUUCAAAGAUGACACGCGAGGUGCAUUUGCUCAACUCAAGGUUUGGCAAAGCGCAGCAAUUGCAAUUGUGUUCUUUCUGAGUCCGCUCAUCACAUUGGACGCGAUGUUAAUAAUAAUGAUCACUGCUCUAUUCUUCGGAAUGGCUUGUUUUUUCUUUCUAGCUCUGCACUUAGACAAAACUGUCUCUUCUCAAGUUCUCCUAUCUUAAACAGUAUCUUGAUAUAUUAACGGAAAACAAAUGGAAUGUGUUCUGCAAAGAUGAACAUUGUUUUUGGUUGUAACUUUGAGAUUCGCUGCCUUGUAACAUUAUAAGAGAGUUGUUUGGCUCUAAAUAACCAGAUGAGCGACUAGUGCAAUGAAGCCGAACUUGUAGACAUUGGGACCAUUUGUUAAUUAUUGUAAGUGUAGUUGCAGGUUUCCUUACAACCACACCCUAGU